AUGAGGAGUCUUGCUGCCCUCUCCACCAUCGUGGCUGCCGCCUCCGCCGCCUCCGUCGCGGCGGGCAGCGCCAAGCGCGUCAGCUACGAUGGCACAAAGGUCUUCCGCGUGUCCGUCGGCGAUGAGGUCGACCGAGUCAACGACAUCGUCUCCAAGCUUCAGUUGACCACUUGGAAGGGUGCUCCGAGGGCCGGCGCCAUGGCCGACAUCGUCGUCCCGCCCACUGAGGUUGAAGCCUUCAACGCUGAGAUCGCCGGUCUGAACGUUACGACAAUGCACGAGGACCUGGGCGCCAGCAUUGCUGAUGAGUCUGGCUUCCAAGUCUAUGCCGUCGGCUCCGCCAACGCCACGUGGUUCAACUCUUACCACGCAUACGCCGACCAUCUCCAGUUCCUUAACGACCUGGUCGCGUCGUACCCCAACAACGCCGAGAUCGUCACCUCUGGCAAGUCGCUCGAAGGCAGAACCAUCACGGGUGUCCACAUCUACGGAUCUUCCAAGGGCACCAAGCCCGCCGUCGUCUUCCACGGAACCGUCCACGCGCGCGAGUGGAUCAGCACCAUGACCAACGAGUACAUCGCCUGGAACCUCCUGAGCAAGUAUUCCUCCAACACCGAGAUCAAGGGAUUCGUCGACAAGUACGACUUCUACAUCUUCCCCGUUGUCAACCCCGAUGGCUUCGUCUUCACUCAGACUAGCAACCGUCUGUGGCGCAAGAACCGUCAAACCACUUCCGGAAGCACCUGUCUCGGCCACGACAUCAACCGCAACUGGCCUUACCAGUGGUCCGUCACCGGCGGUGCUUCCACCAACCCCUGUGCCGAAGACUUCAAGGGUGCUGCUGCCGGCGACGCCCCCGAGACUGCUGCUCUCUCUGCGUUCCUGGCCAAGACCAAGUCUGCCCAAGGUCUGAAGCUCUUCAUCGACUUCCAUGCCUACUCCCAGCUUUUCAUGACGCCCUACGGUUACUCAUGCACCGCCGUUAACGCGAAGAACACCGAGCUGCAGGCUCUGGCCAAGGGCGCCGCCGCCGCCAUUAAGGCUGUUUAUGGCACCUCGUACCAGUAUGGCCCUAUCUGCACGACCAUCUACAAGGCCACCGGCUCCAGCGUCGACUACGUCGCCGAUGUCACCAAGGCCGACUACACCUUCACCCAGGAGCUCCGCGACACUGGCAACUACGGAUUCGUCCUGCCCGCCAACCAGAUCGUUCCCACGGGUGAGGAGACUUACGCCGGUGUCCGCUACCUGCUUCAGAACAUGAAGUAA